AUGAAGCGUAAAUUGAAGAAAUUAAUAUUGCUAUCCAUUAGCGUCGUCGUCAUAGUCUGCUGCCUGUGCAAGUGGAGCGUAGAAUAUCAACCCCGACAUGUUGCCAGUAACUCUCUAGAUGAAAACAAAAAAAAUAAUAAAGCAACAAAGAACAGCACCAAGAAUUCCAACACGUCAGAAUCUUUAACGACAGGGGAUGUCCGCCCCUCAAAACCAGACACCCCCCUUCUCAUUAUCUUCACCACAUUCAAGGACGAUUCGCACAGCACCCACCAUAAACUCGCUCACAGAAUCAUCACCAAAAACUGGAUCUCAUUUGGUCUGGAGUACAUAAAACCUGUCCUAUUCACAAAUUCCUCUCUGGCUCCGAAAUUUUAUAACCGGGAUACGGUUCCAAAACCGGAAACACUUCCAUUUGAAGCAUCUCUAGCGGAAAUUGCUCUGUCACACGGGUGGGAUCUACUUCCUAUUCCGGCAGCAAAUAGUCAUGGAACUCCUUAUUUGAAACCUAUGGUUAAGGAGAUUUUUAAAAACUAUAACGCCACGUUUUACGGAUUCGCUAAUGGAGAUUUGCUAUUCGAUGAAACUCUGACGAGAUCUUUAAACUUCAUAAAAAGCUACUUGAAACACCCACUCGAGAACAACGCCAUGCUAAUUGGUCGGCGCAUAGACGUAAUGCUAUACAGCAACAACACCGUCAUACCUGAAAAACAACACCUACGACAAACUUCUAGCACCACUACCACCACUACUACCACUGCCACACCGAUAGUUACUGUGUCAGUCAAACCAAAAAACGGCAGUGGUGAAACUAAAUGCGGUAGUAGUAGUAGUGGCGGUAGCGAUAGCAGUAGUAACAGCAGUAGUAACGCCACGAAAACGACCACAACAACUUCCACAACGCCAAAACCAGUUGUCAUUUUAACGCCAGAGUAUUUCGACAAUCUCCUCAAAUAUUACAACGCUUCUAAUUUGGUAAACCUCGCCAAAAUUGGAACCUUGAGGCCAGACACAGCCAUUGAUUACUUCUUUUUCACCAGAGAUGGAAGUCGCUUCAACUGGAGCGCUUUAGCGGAUGUAGUUAUUGGACGAGAUGGUUAUGACAAUUAUUUGAUAGCUAUGGCAAAUAUUACCGGAUGUUUGUCGAUAGAUCUGACGAGUACAGUUAGGUGCAUUCACCUAUCUAAGCCUGGUGUCAAAAAUACUGGAUACGAUAACAGGGACAACCAUCACAAUUUAAAUAUUUUCGGCUACCAAUACGUUGGCAGAGGCAAAUCUAGCGUCACCAAUUAUUAUACAGAGAAAAAUGAAAGAGGAUACCCUGGAAAAUUGAUAAGCAGAUACGAAAAGAACAAAGCUUACUAG